AUGGCUCCACCAGAGGACAGCUCAGCGCCGCCUCGGCGUCCCUCGAACCCGACAGAUGGUAAUCAGCCUCGCCCGCGUGCCCCCUCUGGCACUCCUGGGCCCGCCGCCGCCUCAUCCUCUUCAGCUCCCUUCAAUCGCCCCACGGUCAGCAUGGUCAAUCGUGGGGCUGCUGGAGGAGCUAGUCGUGCUCAGCCCCGUAUGACCUUCAGACCUGUCCUGCCUCAGCGACGCAAGCCAAGUGAAGGCGCUUCUGCCACAGUGAAGCAAGAAGCCACUCCCUCGAGCUUCGGCAGUGCGGGCGGGAGUGGCAGCGGCGCUGGUGCUUCGUCUUCGACACCUGGCCGCGGACGUGGAAGGGGAGGUGCAAGAGGCGGACGAGGGGGGAGACGGGAGAUAGAGAUGGUUGCAAGCGGACCCUUCGCACUUGGUACGGGUAGCUUGAGCCGCUCAGAGCGCUCUAAGCGUGGAGGUCCCACCGGGGCAGGUGGUGGUGGAUUCGCACCCACAACCUCGUCAUCCAUGCACGACCUCAAACCAGACAUCAAGCCGCGCCGACCAGGAGACGCCUCGUACCGCGACCCGGACAAGUUGCGCGACGCAGAGGAGUACUCAGACCCAGAGGAGGACAUCGAGAUUGUGGACAUGGGACAAGUCGGACAGCUGGACAGCCUCGCGCCGCGCAGUUUGCCUCGUGUGCAGGAGAAGAUCAAGAAGCGCGAGGUCAAGAAGGAGAAGGGCAAAGAGAAGGACAAGUCUCUCGGUAUCAAGCCUGACCCGGAGGAUGAGGAGGCAGGGGAGCGAGCUAGGCUGUCCGGCCCUUCCUCGCGCGCGGGCACCAUUGACUCGAAUACGUCCACUCCCCUCCUCAAGACCAAAGCAGAGGAAGACGCAGCAGAGGAUCAAGCCGAGGCAGAUGCAGAGGAGAAUGAGGUGGUGCGCGGUGCAGACGCCCUUGAUCUCAGCGAGUCGGAAGAGGAGGAAAUGAUGGACGACUUAGUCGACGACUUUGUAUUCGACGACAGCAGCGACGUGGGCGGAGGAGACGAUGCAAGCAAUCGGCUAUAUCUCUUCCAAUUCCCGCAGGUAUUCCCUAAGUUCAAAGCGCCCAAGGAUAAGCCGGCAAAAGCAGAGUCAGACAAUGAAGGGGGCGGUUCGGCCGCUGGCCCACCACCAUCAGCCCUGUCCUCAUCACCACCAGGUGGUUCCACCAAACCCAAACGCAGCGUCGCCUUUGCCGAGGGCUCUAAACGGGGCACGGCCACCCCUCCGGACACGAAGCCUUCUGGCUCCUCUCUCGACUCCGAGGCGCUCAAACGUGGCUUCUCCAGCGGUUCAGACCCGCUCCGCAACUCGUCCUCCCAAUCCGGCCCCGAAGGAAUGGUAGGCCGCCUCCAAGUUUACCGCGACGGACGCGUCGAGAUGCACUUUGGCUCGCCUGACAAUCCGCUAGUAAUGGAAGUAGCAGGAGGAUCGCAGAGUAGCUUCUUGCAGGAUGUGGCGCUGCUUGAUGCCAAGGAGAAGAGGGCCACGGUGUUGGGGGAAGUGCAUAGGAAAUUCACUGUCAGCCCGAGCGUGGAGGGCAUGUUGGGAGAUUGGGAGAAUCACUGCUCUAUGAAGGGUGAGGAGAGCGAGAGUAGCAGUGAUGAGGAGUUGGUCAAGAAGGAGGAGAAGCGCUAA